AUGGCCACUACGGCAACUGCCUACACCACCACGGUCAAGGAGUGGAGUGCUUUGUACAAAGACAUUGGCCCUCUGGCUGUUCCAGGCUACGAGGGUAGCGGCCUUUGUCACACUUGUGAAGGUCUUGACGGCGAAAAGCGACAAGAGCUCGAGGUCAUCGAGUGUGUCGCCAGUGCUCAACGUCCCACUAUUUGCAGAAAAGGCACCGAGACCUGGAUCUAUGUCCCAGCUCCCACUUCCACCUCGGAGGCGAUGGCCGUCUGCUCCUCUCACGCGGUUGCCCCCUUCGCGGGCAUUUUCAUCUUCGCAUUCCCCCAAAGGGCACCACCAGCCACCAUCCACAUCCCGGGGAGAACAAUAACAUAUACCAUGGGAGGUCAUCGUCCGAGUACAAUAACCGCUACUGUCACGGCGACGGUUACUACUGUAUCCGGUCAAGACUGGACUGCUUUUGUAACGCGAAGUUGUGUGCGACCAACAACGUUCGAUUUCACAGAGACGGUUACCAAGACCAUCAUCUUUACAGUCCCACCUUUCGUGGUACCGUGGACGUAG